AUGGAUGCAUCGGCGUCGGCGAGUGGCGGAGCUCAUGGGAACCUCGACGGGCAGAUCGAUCAGCUCAUGCAGUGCAAACCCUUGUUGGAACAAGAGGUGAGGGCAUUAUGUGAAAAGGCAAAGGAGAUUCUAAUGGAAGAGAGCAAUGUGCAGCCUGUGAAGAGCCCUGUGACCAUUUGUGGUGACAUUCAUGGACAAUUCCAUGAUCUUGCGGAGCUUUUUAAGAUUGGUGGAAAGUGUCCAGAUACAAAUUAUUUGUUUAUGGGAGAUUAUGUUGAUCGUGGGUACUAUUCAGUUGAAACGGUAACGCUCUUGGUGGCAUUGAAAGUGCGUUAUCCUCAACGAAUUACUAUUCUUCGGGGAAAUCAUGAAAGUCGCCAGAUUACUCAAGUUUAUGGAUUUUAUGAUGAAUGCCUAAGAAAAUAUGGUAAUGCCAAUGUCUGGAAGAUCUUUACAGAUUUAUUUGACUAUUUUCCUCUUACCGCCUUGCUCUUGGUGGCAUUGAAAGUGCGUUAUCCUCAACGAAUUACUAUUCUUCGGGGAAAUCAUGAAAGUCGCCAGAUUACUCAAGUUUAUGGAUUUUAUGAUGAAUGCCUAAGAAAAUAUGGUAAUGCCAAUGUCUGGAAGAUCUUUACAGAUUUAUUUGACUAUUUUCCUCUUACCGCCUUGGUUGAGUCAGAAAUCUUUUGCCUGCAUGGUGGAUUGUCACCGUCCAUUGAGACUCUGGACAAUAUACGUAAUUUUGACCGUGUGCAAGAAGUUCCUCACGAGGGUCCCAUGUGUGAUCUUUUAUGGUCUGAUCCUGAUGAUCGGUGCGGUUGGGGUAUCUCACCCAGGGGUGCUGGAUAUACAUUUGGCCAAGACAUAUCAGAGCAGUUUAACCAUGCAAAUAAUUUGAAGCUUAUUGCGAGAGCUCACCAGCUGGUUAUGGAGGGAUUUAACUGGGCUCAUGACCAAAAGGUGGUUACCAUAUUCAGUGCACCAAAUUAUUGUUAUCGAUGUGGGAACAUGGCAUCUAUCCUUGAAGUCGAUGACUGCCAAGGGCACACAUUCAUUCAGUUUGACCCGGCUCCUAGAAGGGGUGAGCCAGAUGUAACCCGCAGAACACCAGAUUACUUCCUUUGA